AUGAUCUCCAUCAAUGUGCAGUCGAUAUGGUUGGUAACCAUAGCCAACACGGAAACGAUAUCUGUUCUCGUACUCAUGUCGAUCUGGGAGGCCGGUUUGUCCAGAACCAGCACCAAAGAGUCCACCAGGUAUUUGCUGCUAUCGCUUCCAGUAAUAAGGUCUCUCUCGACCAGAGUGUGCAGGAUCUUGACACACAGCGAGUUCACCUCUCUGCUAUCAGAUAGCUCGAAUAGCUGCACCAGUGCAUUCAGAUACUCUGAGAUGAUCAAAAGCAUCAUAUCGAUGUGUUUCUCGUCGCUGGACGUGCUGUUGAGCAGUUUGUUCACAAAUUGCAAAAUCACCACCUGCACAGACUCCUUGGCCUUUUCGUGCUUCAGGACACCCAUCAAGGCCUUCACGGGAGCAAAUUCGUCGUAG